UUAAAACAUACGUUAAAAGUAUAAUAUAAAAAAUGUAAGCUUAACUUCCCUGUUUGUAUAAACUGUCCUUCAAAAACUCAACGCAAAACUCGUUCUUGUCUGCGGGAAUCACCAAAAAGCUGCACUUCAAUCGACCAGACCGAUAUUAGUCCCAAGCUUAAUAUUUUGCCAAAGCUAUGGGGUACUCUUAAAAAAGUUGAUUAUCAAAUGAGAGUACUCUCUAAAUCACCACGCGAGAGGAUUACGGCUUCCGAAUCAAAUUUGCCUUUCAACAAUGCUCAGCUUACAACAGAACAAUACCGCGUAGAUAAAGAUAAGUCUGCGCGGGGUGACGAUAUAGUGUCUGAUUCUGAUAACAUGAAAGUACCCUCCGACUCUUCAAUAAAAUGCACAAAAAUGACCUCAAAUAUCAAAGGUCAUGAUUGUAAAAAGUUACAGAAGAUUUGGAAAAAUGAUAAAUCAGACAAAUCAGGCAACGUAUCUAAAAAAUCACCGGAACUUUCACAGUCACCCGCAGAAGCGGAAGACACGCUCACAAAACAGAUACGUGACAUUCAUACCGAAACACGAAAAAGUACAAGAAUUAUUAGAGAUUCAAGAGUGAGACUAACCGAGAUACAAAAGAAAGAGAAUCUAACUGAAGCCGAUAUAAAGGAACUCGGUGAAAGAAAUGAACUACUACUUCGAGAAAUGGAACGCUUUGAUCGUCUUACUAAAACUAUACAGAAACUAGUAGGCGACGAAGUAUUGCAAAUGAAAAAAUCCAAGGAACAUUGCCAACCAACCUAUUACAUUCCAAGCGAUGUCUACGAUUCAUCAAUGUACCAGGAAAUGAAAAUGAACCAUCCGACGGUACUUUUAGCGACUCGUAAAAAUAAAAUUCCAGGUGUUGGCGCGUCGGAGCUGACUCGAAGUAAAUCAGAAAUUGACUUGACACGGAAAUUGAGUGAAAGUUACGACAUGCAGGAGAAGCUGGUGGCGGAUAAUGCGGAUUUAGAAGUCAAGAGGUACAUACUUUAUAAGGAAUUGAUGACAAAGGAUCAGAAUUUGGAAACAUGUCGGUCCCAGAUCAAGAGGCUUCAAGGUGAAUUAAAAUUAAUGAACAAUGAAAAUGCAUUGCUGCAUGAAAAGUUAAAUAAGAAUAGUCCUGAGGGCGAUGCUACUGCGAUGAACCAAGAAUUUUCAUGUCAUCAAGCAAGUGAAAAUUUUAGUCAGGAAAACGAUAAAAUCCCAGUGAAAAACGUGGAAGAUCUACUGUCAAAACUUAAAAAUUAUAAAUCUUCAACAUUAGAGCUUGAAAACCAGCUCGGUGGCUUAGAGCUCGAGGUACGUAACAUUCGCGUUGAAAUGGCGGACGUGAAAGCGGCGGCAGUGAGUGCAUGUCGAGGCGGCGGAGCGAGGAACACGUGCUUCGAACAACCGCCGGGUGGGCCACCUGUUCCUCCAAUGACUAGAGCCUGUGGUGUCUGUCCACCAUGUCCGGCCCCUUGCAACCCAAACGCUCCUCCGACUCCAGCAGAGAGAGAAGUACAGAAACUUACAAUACAGCUUCGGCAGACUGAAGAGAGUUUAAAAACUAAAGUCACUGAGUGCGCAAUGCUACGAACGGAUUUGUUAAAAAAGAAAGAGGAGUUGGAAAAAGAAAGAUGUCAGCAUCGAGAAGUUCAGAAUAAACUUAGAGAGUUAGAAAUGAAGUUUGAAGGUUUAACGACGCAUACAAAUAUGAUGAUGGGUACCAAGGAACAAGCAUUUGAGCAAGAAGUUAACGUGAGAGCUCUGAAGCAAUGCUACAGAGAAGCAAGAGAAGAAAUAGAUGAAUUAAGAACAUUAAUGAAAGAACAGAACAAUCAGCUACAAGAUUAUAGAGUAAAGUACUUACAAGCUCAACAACUAGUCGAAGAACAAAGGAGGCAGAUGGACUUGAUGGAUAUGGAUAACACUAGGAUAAGUGAGCAGAUUAAUCUCGAGAUUCAGAGAGUUAAACUGAAAUUCCAAGAAAAAUUGCAAGAGUUGGCGCCAAUUCCUGACCUUUUAAAGGCAACACAGAUGAAAUUAAAGGAUGCACAGCAAUCGCAAGCAAUAGCCGAACAUAACGCCGAACAAUUAGCCAGAGAAUUAAAUUCGGCUAGGGAAAAGGUUCACGUUCUUUUGCAUAAUAGCCUGAAACCUCCUGAAAAACCUCCGGAAAGAAGUGCCGAUGAGAAACAAAUGGCUCUAUUGCAACAAAGGAUAUCACAACUUACGGAAACGAAUUUGUCUCUGAAGAGUGAAAUUGAACGAUUAAAGGCUAAUGUGAUUCGUAUGGAGGAGUCCGUCUUAGCUAAUGAAAAACGACUACAUGAGAAGAUGCAUGAAUGCGCCCAGCUAGGCGGAGAGCUAGAUCGUGCAAGAGAUGAGGCUGCUCGUGCUCUACAGCGGUCUAAUGAACGCACUGAAACCUUGCGAAAGUGUAUGCAGACGUCUAUAGGAGAAUUGGAGAGACAACUAGCAAGUACGAGAGCACAAGUUAAGACAGCAGAGAAGGACAGAGAGGAAUUGCAAUGUCGUAUGCAGUGUCAGAUAAAAAGGCUCAAUGAAAACUUUGAGCAGGCACAGCUCCGUAUAUUGGGGUUGCAGACCCAAGUGCAGACUCUCAGACGCACGGCGUCCAGUACAGGUGAAGGCGAAGGUGAUGCUGAUCAACUAGAAUGCGCAUGUAAAACAUUUUUUGACAACCCUUAACCGUGUUAAGUAAGAUUUUAUUUGUGGAUUUAGUGGAUUUAGUCUUCGUAUGGUCUUAUUAACUUUGAUCGAAGAAUUUGUAAUCUUUAUAGUUUAAAAAUAAUUCUGCUCCUGUUGGUAAUACAUUGCUAUUAUGAUUUAUUGUAACUUGAAUAAAACUAAAAGGUUUAUGUAAUAAAUUCUAUGGAAUAUUCACGUUUGAAUAAUGACAAUAAACUGAAACUUAACUAAGUUCGAACUAGAAAUUCACUAGUUGUGUCCACUGGAAUUUGUUCUAAUUUUAAACUUGGAAAAUCUAGAUAGUUUCCCAACGGAGUAGCAUUGCCUUUUGUUGAGUAGGGUCAUUGUUAUCGUUCACUUUGAUCCCUCUUGCUUCUGAUAUUGUAAAAUUCCUUUACACAAAAUUAUUUUUAAGCGUUAUAUUAAAAUGAAAU